AUGCCCCAGCCUCUGCACCUGCUCCUGCGUGAUCGUCUCCGCUUCCUGGUCUGUCCUGCGCGCUUCUCCCCUCGCAUUGUCCUCUUCUACUGCUACAUCUCUGUCGGGGUCCUCGCCCUCCUGAUAUACGUGAUGCAUCUCAAGCACCUUGGACCGUCCUUCCUCCUGGGCCUCGCAGCUUCGCAAGGCGUGGCUGCUGCUCCGCAAUCUGCUCCCAGUCCUACCCCGCAAGCAACCCCAGACGCCUGGAAGACCUACACCAUCAGCGCUCCUAACAUCACUGCCAAACUCAUCCCUUACGGCGCGCGUCUGACCUCCUUGCUGGUUCCCGACCGCGACGGGCGUCUUCAGGACGUCGUCGUGGGCUUUGACGAGCCAACUCAGUACAGAGGCGACGACAACUUCUACGGUCCCGUUGUUGGUCGUUACGCCAACCGCAUCAAGAAUGGCACGUUCUCCAUCGCGGACACGCAGUACCACAUCCCGAAGAAUGAAAACGACGGCCUCAACUCCCUCCACGGCGGAGACGUCGGCUAUGACCAGCGCAACUGGACCGUAACCGCCGUCACCAAUUCCUCCAUCACCUUCUCCUUCUACGACCAUGCCCUCGAGGGCUUCCCCGGCGACGUCCUCACUCAUGCAACCUACACCGUCGCUAAUGGGCCCGACGGCCGUCCCCAAUUGAUAACCAAUCUGGUCUCCCUCGCGCUCACCGACCCAACGCCAAUUAUGCUCGCAAACCACAUUUACUGGAACCUCAACGCCUUCCGCGACGAGAACGUCCUGCAAGAUGUCACGCUUCACCUCCCACUAAGCAAGCGCUUCAUCGCGACAGACGGCAUCCUCAUCCCUAACGGCACCAUCUCCACGGUAGACGCCUACAACGGCGCACCGGACUUUACCUCCCCCAAGCUCGUUGGUGCAGACAUCGACGACGCCGUCGGCCUCUGCGGGACAGACUGCACGGGCUACGACAACUGCUGGAUCAUCGACCGCCCCGCAGGUUACGCUCCGGACUCCCUCGUUCCCGCACUCUACAUGCACUCGAAGAACACGGGUAUCUCCCUCGAGGUCUCGACCAACACGCCCGCUAUCCAGAUCUACAGCUGCAACGGACAGGAUGGCUCCGACCCCGUGAAGCAGUCGCAAAUUGACCGGAACAGGGAGCAGGGGUUCAACAACGGGCCUACGACUGUUGUCAAGAACUCGUGUGUCGUUGUUGAGACGGAGGGGUGGAUCGAUGGGAUUAACCAGCCCGGAUGGGGGCAGUUGGAGAACCAGAUCUUUACCCCCGGUGGCAGGCCGGCGAUUAACCAGGCUGUGUAUCGGUUUGGGACGGCUUGA